CACUUAUUAAAUUGGUGAAACACUUAUUGGUACAGUGUAAUUAAAAUGAUAACUACUUAGUUUUAUUAGCAUAUCCAUUAAAGUUUGUUUUCUACACUUAUCAAGCAUAAAGUCGGAACUUAUAAAUAAACAUAUCCUUAUAAUUCAAGAAUAUUAUCUCUGCGCGUUUUUGGUUAGACCCAUUUUCGAAUUUUUCGGAACAGGUUUACGAAAUUGGUAAAAUUACAGACAUAUACGUGUUUUAAGGAAUUGUUUUGAUUACCUACUCACCUACAGUCGACUGAAACGCGUAAUAAAGUUGGUUUUGUGAAGGUUGAUCGGAAAUAUUGCAUGUACUGAAUCAUCUUGAAGGUAACCUAAAGGUUUUAUUUAAAAUGAAUCGCAAUAUAGCAGUGUUGUUAUUGCUAAAUAUCGUUUGCAUGGCUAAUUCGGCUAAUAUAUUAUUGGUAUUCCCGACUCCUGCGCCGAGCCAUUUUUUCCUGGGAAGCACCCUGGCAAAGGGCUUAGCUGACGCCGGGCAUCAAGUUACAAUGGUCAGUGCGUUUGAUGAUACUAGUGGAAAAUACGAGACGGUUCUACUAGACGGGAUCGGAUACGUUUUAAUGAACUCGAAUUUAUCAUCCUGGGCGGAAAUGGGAAAGAAAUCAGUCAUCGAGGUCGAGUUAGAAUCGGUUAAAAUCUCCCACAUUCUAACCAACGCCACUCUGGCCCAUCCGAACUUCCAGAAAUUGCUCAACUCCCGCCGAAAAUUCGACGUCAUCAUUCUGGAAAUGUUCCUCAACGACGCUUUGAAAGUCCUGUCCUGCCAUUUCGACGCUCCCCUAAUCUCCUUUGUCACCUUCGGGCACUCCUUGUGGUCUAGCGAUCAAGCCGGAAGUCCUUUUCCGCCAUCUUACAUACCGGACGUCAUGUCGAGCUCGAUAGUUCCCAUGAACUUGUGGCAACGAACGAUCAACUCGAUUAAAGCGCUAAUCAGGACCAUCAACAAGAAUUUCAACUCCCUUCCGGUUCAAGGAAAGCUGGUGCAAAAGUACUUUCCGGAGUGUCACGAUCGCUUUAACGAGCACUUUUACAACGUAUCGUUGACUCUAGUUAAUUCCCACGAAAGCGUGAAUUAUCCGACACCUUCGGUGCCUAGUUUGGUGCAAAUCGGCGGGUACCACAUCAAGCCUGCGAAGAAGCUGCCCGACGAUCUGCAGAAGUUCAUGGACGAGGCUAAAGAUGGCGUGGUUUAUUUCAGUUUGGGUACCAACAUAGAUUCCUCGUUCGUUAAUCCAGAAACUAAAAACGCGCUUAUGGCCGCGUUUUCCAAAUUGAAGCAAAAAGUUUUGGUGAAAGGCGGUUCGAAUUUCGAAGAAAGCGCGCCCGAUAACGUGCUCGUGAGGCAGUUCUUUCCACAACAGGAUAUUUUAGCUCAUCCGAACUUGAAGUUGUUCAUAACCCAUGGAGGAUUAUUGAGCAUUUUCGAAACGGUGUACCAUGGUGUUCCUGUACUGUGCUUACCAGCUUAUGGUGACCAACUGAUGAAUGCAGCAAAAAUAGAGAACGACGGUUACGGUUUGAGCAUAUUACUCAAUGACCUGAAUGAGAAAAGUCUCAAUGAAGCUUUAGAUAAAUUACUGAACGAUCCCAGAUACAUGGAAAAUGUGAAGGAACGUUCGGAAUUGAUGCGUGAUCGGCCUGUAAAACCUAUGGAUUUGGCGAUUUAUUGGAUAGAAUACGUUAUUAAACAUAAAGGGGCGCCACAUUUGCGAGUCGGAGCGCUCGACCUAACCUGGUAUCAAUAUUUUCUAGUCGAUGUCGCUGGUUUAGUUAUUAUAAUUCUUCUGGUCGUAUUUGCCUCUAUUUAUUAUGCACUCAGAACGCUGUUGAGAUUAUUCGUUAAAAAUAAGAAAUACAAAUCAGCUUAAGUUAUUGGAUUCGUGGAAUAUUUUUUAUUGUAUAUUUUUUAAUGGAAUAUUUUUUUAUUGUAUAUUUGUUUCGAGUUGUUACCCUUUAUCUUACUCGUACGUUGUAAAUAUUUACUCUUGGACUGCUUCUUGUUAGAUAAGAAUUGAUCAGACGUAUUGGUAAAAUUUAAUUAUUCCAGAAACAGUGUGGUGAUGACAAUCGUUUGUGGUAGUAGGUAAUAAUAAUAUUGUUUAAAAUGAAUUUUUUAUACUCUUAACUUUAGUGAAUGUUGGCAAUAUAAUAAAAUUCUAGUUGUGUUUCCAUUGGAUAUAACAUAUUUAUUAUAUUAUAUAUAACAUAAUUUACCUGUGGUGCACCUAAUAAGUACUGGCACUGAUAAGAUAUAGGCGAUAGU